AAAUAUAUACAUGCUAAGCAGAGUUAUUAUCGUUAUGUUUUGACAGUAUGCUGAGCAUAAUCAUAGCACCGGAAUACGUCCUCGACAAUUCAAUCGUUCAAGCGAAUGACAUGUUUUCAUUGGGCUGUCUAGCAUAUGCCGUGCACAAUAAAGGAGAAUCCCUAUUACGAACUUUUAACAGUUUUCAUACUUACGAGAAGCAACUCAAAACGCUCCAUACCCAAGCUCUAUCCAAUAUACCUGAACAUUUACGCGAUGUGAUACGCCAACUAUUAACGAGACAUCCAAAUCAGAGAAUGGAUCCAGAGAGUUUCCAAACAUCCAAAUAUUUCGAUAAUCUGUUAGUAUCAACAAUGAAAUUCCUGGAAAGUUUUCCGGAAAAAACGAAGGAGGAAAAAACGCAGUUUAUGAAAGGGUUACCACGAGUGUUAGGGCAAUUCCCUGAAAGAGUGCUGAAAAGGAAGAUAUUACCUUCUCUGUUAGAAGAACUGAAAGACAGUCAAUUGUUACCCUACACAAUUCCCAAUGUGCUCUUGAUUGCACAACAACUUAGUAAAGAGCAAUUUUGCGAUCAUAUUCUUCCGUCUCUGAAACCCGUAUUCCAGGUUAGGGAUCCACCACAAAACAUGAUUGUAUUGUUAGAAAAACUGGAUAUUCUUCAGCAAAAAACUACCAGAGAAGUUUUUCGCGAUGAUGUCAUGCCGUUGGUUUACGCGGCUUUAGAAAACCCUGCUGCUGUUGUUCAGGAGAAAGCGUUAAGGAUUAUACCAUCACUAGCAGAGUCAUUAGAUUACACAACCAUAAAAAGUUCACUGUUUCCCAGAGUGCAGACUGUAUUUGUUCAAACGACUAUUCUUUCUGUAAAAGUUAGCACGCUCAUUUGCUUCCACGCGAUGAUUAAAAUGUUAGACAAGUUUACCGUGCAGGAAAAGCUGAUACCUUUAUUGAAAAACAUCAAAACCAAAGAACCAGCAGUGAUGCUGGCUACUUUAGGCGUUUAUGAUGAGGUGGGUAAGAUAGCUGACAAAGAGAUUAUUGCCACUGAGGUACUGCCUCAAUUAUGGAGAAUGAGUUUCGGACCUUUACUGAAUCUGGAACAAUUCAGAAAGUUCAUGAAGACAAUUCACAGUUUAACGAAAAGAGUAGAGGAAGCACAUACGAAGCACUUACAGGAAGUUAAAUCGUUAGAAGAACAAACAAGACAUGCAUCCUCUCCGACACCUCAAUUGAACAAUAAAACAGUAAAUAUUGACAGUUCAAAUAUGUCUUUUGAGAGCCUGGUUCAAAGUGGAAUAGCCACUCCAACACAGUCAGUGGACAGUGGACUUACCAGCAAUAAGUCUAACGGUGAUAUGUUUGGCACUCUAGUGAACAAUGCCAAUUCUUCCAUGUCCUCUCCAAUACUAUGGUCCGACAGUAUACAGCCAACUAUUGUAUCGACGCCCAUGCAAACGAAUACAAGUUUGGGUAGCGCUGCUGCUGCUAUGAAUAGUAAUACAUCACUGAAAACUUCAAAAGAUUUAUGGAGCAAUUUCAAUGCGACUCAAUCGGUGAACAGCAUUUCCUCAAACAGAAGUGACAAUGCGAACAUUGUACCUAACAAUAUACUCAGUCCAUCAACUGUUAACGCAUCGUCUCAAAUGUUUCCAACGAUUAAACCGAUCAAUGGCCCAAACAAUCACCAGCAGCGGCAGUCAUUGUCAUCAUCAAUCACUUCUACAGCUGCUAGCCCGAACAUUUCCCUAAAUCAACUUUCAUUUAGUGGUAAUGAUAGUUCCUACAAUUUCAAUAGCAAAUACACUAGUGGCACAACAGCGGCAGCAUCAAUGAAGCCUACGAAUGCUAGUAUCGGCAUUCUUAAACCUCUCUCGCCAAGCUCCAACAAUGGAUCUUUAAAUAAAAGUACACCGAAAAUGUCAAAGGCUAAAUUAAAUGCCUUUGAUCCUUUAGGAUAGCAUUGUUGCUCUGAUUCAAUAAAAAAGAGAAAAAAUUUCUGGCAUAGACGUUAUCCGGCUUUGAAUACU